AUGGCACACAUGAGGACCCAAAUAGAUCUACUUACGAAGCAUAUUGUCUCAAAGUAUGAAAAUGUAAAUGAUGUGGGACAACCAAACAGAUAUGAAGAUCAGGAUAUCAAUCUAGAUGAGGAGUCUAAUUACCUGGGCAACCAAGAAGGCUUUUGGAAUUAUAACUCGGGAAUCCAAGGUUACAAUUCUAGAAAUGUAAUAAAGACCGGGAAAAGUGGUAGUUCCAGCGAGUCUAAGUUGGAAGAUAUGUUGUCCAAGGUGCUCCAAAAAGUUGAAUCAACUAAUGCAGGGGUGAAGGAGAUAGAAGUAUACAUACCAUUGGUGGAAGCCCCUGAGCAGAUGCCAGGAUAUGCCAAGUUCAUGAAAGACUUGGUUACAAAGAAUAGAGCUGUAAGUAUUGAUUUGACUAACCUUGUUCAUAACUAUAGUGCUAUUGCUACCAGGUCUCUGGUAAAAAAGAAGGAGGAUCUGGGUGCAUUCACCAUACCAUGCACUAUCAGAUCAAUCAAAUUUGCAAAGGCCUUGUGUGACUUAAGGGCCAGUAUAAACUUGAUGCCACUUGCCAUCUAUAAGAAACUGAGGUUAGGAGUUCCAAAACCUACAUCCAUGAAGUUGAUGAUGGCAGAUAGGUUAGUGAAACGACAUGAGGGCAUCAUAUGUGAUGUGCUCGUAAAGGUGGACACGUUCAUCUUUUCGGCAGACUUCAUGAUCUUGGAUUGCGAAGUGUAUUUUGAGGUUCCCAUAAUUUUGGGAAGACCAUUUUUGGCCACUGGACAAGCAUUGGUAGAUGUUGAGAGAGGAGAACUAAAGUUCAGAAUCAACAAAGAAGAGGUAAAUUUUAAUAUUUGCAGGUCAAUGAAACAACCACAAGACAUGAAUGUGGUGUCUGCGAUGGAGGUUUUUGAUGAAGAAAAGAUACGACCAACAAUUGAGGAUAGGUUGGCUGUUGAAACAUUAGCAGUGAUGUUGAUGAACUUUGAAACUGAUUUCCAGUCUGAUUAUAUAGAGACCAUGAAUGCUUUGCACGGAAUGGGAACACACUCUUAUGCUCCAAAUAAAUUGAACUUGGAUUUAAAAAAUAGGCCCAGUCCUCCAACAAAACCAUCUCUUGAGGAGCCACCUGUGCUGGAACUGAAACAGUUACCCAACCACCUGAGGGAUGUAUUUUUUGGCACUAACAAUACCUUACCUAUGAUUUUGGCUGCAGAUUUAAAUGAUGAGCAUGUUUAA